UAAUUAGAUGCUUUUAGAGGGGGAAGCGAAGUUUUCUCAAAUAAAUAUCUGGUCUUCGACAAAAACACAAGAAGAAAAAUCUUUUGCGAGGGGCCGUUAGACACUGUCCCAACCGUAUCCAUGCUCAUUUUCGCUGCUUAAACGAAACAAUCCAAAAUGAGCUUAGUUAUAAACCACUGCCGUAGUUAUGCUAUUAGUUCUUGCACAAUCUCCAGCGGCAAGCAUGCCCGUAAAAGCGGUAUUCAUGGUAAAGGUGGAUAUAUAGUGCCAAUCAAGAUGCUUAAGGGACCUCCCAAGGCUGAGGAUGGUCACGAAGAUAGUGUAUUGUUGUCGAAACAUGUUGGAAGCAGUAGUUUUCAAGUUAAGACAUUUGUAAAUGCCAUUGCAGCGGUGAAUUUGGUGGGAACUAGCACAGCAAGGGCUGCGAGUACAAAUGAUAUAUUGGAAGGAGCGACCGCUGUUUAUAAUUUGGCUGAUGGAGGUCUUGGAGAUUUGUUUGGAGGCUUCCUAUAUUCAGCUGGACAACAGGCUAAUGACGCUGUCCAGGACCAAUUAUCAGCUCUCAGUUUCACAAGUUUGGCAGUUAUCUUUGGGGCAGGGCUUGUAACCAGCCUUUCUCCUUGUACGCUAAGUGUAUUACCGCUGACCCUUGGUUACAUUGGAGCAUUUGGUUCUGGGAAAAGUAGAGCAGAGAUCAUUGGGGAUUCCAUUGCAUUCUCAUUGGGAUUGGCAACCACACUAGCAGUCCUAGGCAUAGCAGCCUCAUUUGCUGGAAAGGCAUAUGGACAGAUCGGGCAAGGAUUACCUGUGGCUGCAUCUGGUUUAGCUGUUCUUAUGGGUCUCAAUCUCCUUGAGGUAAUUGACUUACAGCUCCCCUCGUUUUUUAACAAUUUUGAUCCCCGUGCUGCAGCUGCUAACUUCCCAUCAAGUGUGCAAGCAUAUCUUGCUGGGCUUACGUUUGCUUUAGCUGCCUCACCUUGUAGUACACCAGUGUUGGCCACUCUGCUUGGAUAUGUAGCUACGUCCAAGGAUCCAAUUAUAGGGGGCAGCCUCCUUUUGACAUACACAACUGGCUAUGUUGCUCCUCUGCUUCUUGCUGCUUCUUUCGCUGGAGCAUUGCAGAGCCUGCUUUCUUUUCGCAAGUUCUCGGCAUGGAUCAACCCAAUCAGUGGUGCACUCCUGUUAGGAGGGGGUGUUUAUACUUUCUUGGAUAGGCUUUUCCCAGUUACUAUGGCAAUGUAGAGAUUGACUUGUUGAUGUAUAGGAAAAAAAGAAAUCAAGUAGAGGAAGCCUCUGAGCAUAGACAAUAUAUUCUCUUCUGUUCCUGCUACCCCUCUAUUUCUUUUUUCUUUAUAGCUACAUUUUAAUCAGUAAUUUGAUAUUAGCAUAAAGUUGUAUAGAUUUACUCAA